CUCGCACCUGUAUCUUACUUGUGGCCUCAAUCUUCUCUCUGACACUCUUGCACUAGAGGUCAGGCGUGUACCUCAUCCCCUGGAGACCGGCUACUGUCCAAAAUACACGCUUGCUCUACUAGCUUGGCUUUGCUGAACAUCUUACACGACCCCGCCCUGCCGACUCCCUCAGCAAACUAUGGCAGAUUCAUCUCUGUAUGCCUCUUGCGCAGAGGCUCUGACACUGGCACAGUCCCACAAGGAUGAUCUCGCAUUCGUACUCGACCCCGACAAAGGCUUCGCCCCGAAAAUGCGCCAAAUCUGUCAAGUACAACUCGCGGACGCGCAGGAGAACGCGGACAAGUAUUCAAUAGAGGAGCUCGAGGCUUUGCGAAUGGAGAGCGAUACGUGGGGCCUCUUGCAGGCUGUGAUGCCCAUGCGCAAGACUGCCUAUCCCUCGUACCCGCGGGCCGCGCAGUUACUCACCGAGAACCCGUACACGCCGCCCUCGACUCUUGCACAAGCGAUCAUGCAUGCCUCGCGGCUGCUCGCCGAGCUCGUCGUCGUCCGCGAGUGGCUGCACGAUACCGCGCCGCCGCCCGCGUCGGUCGACGCGACGACCGGCUACUGGAAGUUCACGAAGCAUCAAGUGAUGCAGGCGCUGCGCAUGAACAAGUCUGCCGGCUUGAGUGGAAUGGAUCCGGACGCGAUCAACCGUGAGGAAGGCGGGAACCUUGCGCCGGACGACGCGGCAUACGAAAAGGCAUUCACACACGCGUUAUACGCCCACGUACGGGCAGGCAGACUGGAAGAAGCCGUGGAAAUGUGCAGGAAAGCGAAUCAGCCAUGGCGCGCGGCGAGCAUUCGGGGGUCGGCACUUUUUCAAUGGCGCGCAAUAGCAAAUGAACCAAGAGAUGACGACGCGAUGGACGAGUCGGAAGACUUCGAUGUGUGGCGAGGGAAUAGACGGCGAAAGCUGUGGAAGUCAGCGUGCGUCAGCGCCGCUCUGAACCCCAAUCUAUCGACAACGGAACGUGCAUUAUAUGCAGCGUUGGCCCCCAGUCCACAAACCGCUUCAUAUCUCAAGGCAGCCUGUAGGACAUGGUCUGACCAUCUAUGGGCGCAGAUUAGUGUUGUAUGCGAAGAGAAGGAGAGCCAAGAGAUGGCGCGCUUGAGAACAAGUUUCUGGGAAAAUCCUGAGGAGCUCGAUAUUGGAGCUCCCGCAGAUGAUAACGACGAGGCGGAGGAAGAAGAGUGGGAACGAGAAGUUGUGGGCUCGCUAGAAUCACUGGGGACUGUUUCGGUGGAGGAAGGAGCUCCUUCGGAUAACCCAUACCACAUUUCUCAGCUUAGCAUCAUUUUGGACCGGACAGAUGCGCUCCUCGAAGCUUUUGCGACUGGGCUCAAAGAGGGACGUUAUGACCCAGAGUCUAUUGACUAUCCUACCAUGACGCGCUUCUUCGCGCACCUAUGCCUCUUCCUCCAGCUUAUUGACGUGUCGCCCCCACCAUUAGCAACGCAGGUCAUUCUUGAAGCGUAUCUACAGGUUCUCGAGCGCGCAGGCCAACGAGAGUUGAUUGCCAUGUACGCCGGCGCGUUGGGCGACAAUGCAGUAGAACGAUACGCCAUGUUCCUCACCUCGCUCGAGCUCUCUGCAGACAUCUCAGAGCGCAGGCUCGCGCUCACUCGCGCGAGAGAUCACGGCCUCGACAUGGAUCGUGUCGCGAUCGUGACUGCCGAGCGCACGAUAGAGAAGGCCUUUUCGAUUUUACCUCCUGCGAAAGGCCCAUUACCAUCUGUUAUUAGCCAGCAGCCGCCACCGUCAAACGCUGAGCUGCUCCUGGUGCGGUCAGUUGAGUGGACGACAUAUCUGGAGUCUACGUACGACACCGCGCUGGAGCAAGCGAAUGUGAUCUUGCGGUACUUGCUCGGUUGUGGCCGCGUGCAAGUUGCCAAGACCAUGUUGGACCGGCUGCCCACGGAGCUGAGCACGAUCCGGCACCCGGAGGAGCGCGCGACCGAGUUUUUGCACUACCGGCAGUUCUUCAUGGUCUGGGAUGCGCUCGAACGCGUCGUGGAGACGCAGGCGCUCGAGGCGCCGCAGAUGACCCGGGAGACGCGCGCUGAGUGGCUCGCCGACUACCGCGGCACACUCGACGCCGCUCGCGAGCGCGUCGUGCGGCUGCUCACCACUGAAUGGCUCGUCCCCGACAGCGCACGCGGGGCGAGCGACAGGCAGAUCUCGAAGGAGCUAUUGCGGAUACGCCAGAUUUAUGUUCCCGAGCUGAUCCUUCGUCUGCAUGCGAUGUUGUACAGCCCGCGUACGCGCAUUCCGGGGAACCUCAAACACGCGCUCGAGUUCGCGAACGUCGUCGCCGACUCACGGUACCGCCUCUACGACGACUUUGCAGACCAGCCUAGCCGGCGGCUGGGUGACUACCUUGGUGCAGUCCGGCAGGCGAUCCUUGGAGGCCUGGAAGGUGGCGGCUCGGAUCCGUUCAGAGUCCUGACGUUGUAGAUUGCCUGUUUGCACUGCUGUACGUCAUGGUGCGCUGUCGCACCUCUAAUCCUCUCAGGGAGCACGCAUUUGGCGACGUGAACAUGCCGGGACUCCUCAUACCGUUCUGCAUGUGGCGAAGAACAUUUGAAAUUGCACGAGGAGAUUGAUCCUCGCUCAAGACAACUGUAUAGACAUGCCAGACCUAAGUUACUACUUGUGUUCUCACUAGCGACCCGAGCUUGCGUACAUGCAACGUUCUCGGGCUAUAGUCUUUGGCGAAACUAGGUGCCGAGCCCAACUUCGAAGUUGCUGAAUACCGGCGUCGUCAGAGACGUGUCGAAUUCGGACGAGAGCAGAGCGCGCAGGCUCUCUUUGUGGUUCGAGAAUUCGUUCACGUAUCCCGCGAUCUUGGCGUUGUAUUGCUGCACUUUGAGAACACGCACUGGAUAGUCUUUAUGAGCUGCGGUCCCCGGCGUAGAGUCUGAUCAGCCAUACCUAGGGUCGUUCGCUUGUAGUAAGAGCUGGGGCGCGUUAGCACAGGUCACCGGUGAGGCAGAUCGCGACGUACUCGCAGAAAUUUGCUAAGAGC